GCCGAUCUCGUCUUUCUCCUCCUCUUUCUGGGUGUGAGGAAUUGUUCUCGGAAGGCAAGGGUUAGGGGUUAGGUUUUCCCAGUGUAUGGCAGUGAGCUUGGUGUUGAAUGAGGUGUCGGACCUCUGCAUCGGGAAGCCCCCGCUAAGAUCGCUGCCGCUCUCCGCCGCUACCGUCAGCGACGCCCUCCUUGCCCUCAAAAGAGGCGGCGAGCCCCACCUCGCUGUGCUAGAUCCUGACCGGGCCCCCCCGGGGAAGAAGGCCGUCGCCGUCGCUGGAAAGAUCUGCGUCGCGGACGUCCUCUGCUUCCUCUGCUCCGACGACAACCUCGCGUCGCCGGCCGCAGCGCUCGAGCGGCCCGUCACCGCCCUCCUCCCCAAGGGCGCCGGCCUCGUCAGCCUCGUCGAGCCGCAGUUUAGCGUGUUGGAAGCCCUCGAUCUGAUCGUUGACGGAGCGCAGAACCUUGUGAUCCCCAUCCGUUCCCUUGGCCGGAAGAAGCUCGACCAGGGCGGCGAUGGCGUCGCUACCGCCGCCAAAUUCUGCUGGCUGACGCACGAGGACUUUGUCCGCUACUUCCUCAACUCCAUCGCCCUCUUCUGCCCCAUUCCUACCCUCUCCAUCGACGACCUCGGCCUCGUCCAGUCCGCCGAUGCCCUCACCAUCCGCCACGACGAGCCCGGCCUCUCCCUCAUCCCCCUCGUCCGCCGCGCCCUUACCGAACAGGCCGCCGUCGCCGUCGUCACCGACGAUGGCCAACUGCUGGGCGACAUCUCCCCUUGCGCUCUUUCUGCCGGCUACAACACGGUGGCUGUGGCCGCCGGCAUCGCCACCCUGAAAGCAGGCGACCUCAUGGCCGUCAUCGACCACUAUGGCUCGCCACCGGAGUCCCUUGUCCGCGCAAUAAAAGCCGGACUGAAAGAGAAGGGCUUUCAGGAGAUGCUCCACCUUAUGGAAGAUGAGCUAUCCUCGUUCUCCAACUCGUCCUCCACGUCCUCCGAUGAUGAGUCCAGCGAGGAGGAAAAGCGGCUGCGGAGGCCGUCGAAGAGCUUCUCCAGUACUGGGAGGCGAUCGUCGGAGCCGGAAGUAUGCCACCCCGGGAGCUCGCUGGUGGCCGUGAUGGUGCAGGCGCUGGUGCACCGGGUGAGCUACCUGUGGGUCGUCGACGAGGAAGACUACGGCCUUAUCGGGAUCGUGACGUUUGCUGACAUGCUAUGCGUCUUCCGGGAGCAGCUUCAGCCAUCUCUCUGAGAUCUCAAAGCAGACAUGCAGCUGUUAUGGAUGCAUUAACUCGCUGUUGUCUGCACUGAGCGUGAUUACACUAUAAGACUCUGUAAUAUUGUAUCGCACAAUACAUCGAUUGCUCGUACUCGGUUGUUAUCAGAAAACCUUGCUUAGACAGCAGAGGAAGAGCCUGCCUUGUUGUUUCUUGGAUA